UCAGGUCAACAGUUGGGAGCUCCGGCAUUAAAGUUUUGCACCUUGAUCCAUCCCCUGAAGCACUAAAUUUACACUUGGUAAUGCAGCAGCUACAUUCAAAUUGUGAAGGGAUGUGAGUGCGGACCUCUAUGUCACACCACUAGAAAAAGGUGUAUAAAGGUUCAAAAGCAGUCAAAGGAAAGCCUAGGAUCAUAGAUAGUCCUACUCUUUUAUUGUCAUAGAUAAUACAAUCCUUUUGUAGUGAAGAGUGGGCAUGGAAUCCUUUUGCCCAAACUGGAUAAUGGACAAAGAGGAAAGGAAUAUUCUAAAAGAUUUAACCGGAGAAUUCCUACCGCCCAGAGUGUGAAAAAAGAUGUGGCUGUAAUUAACUUUGCCCGCCAUUUAUUUCAGAUUUUCCAUACUCGUCGCAUGUGAUAGGGAAUGCCGAUCGCAGAUUCAAGUUUUAUCUUCACGGGUCUCUCUGCCCUACCUCAUCCCCUAAUUCUCAGCAACAACAAUGCCAGAAAAUUCGGGACCACAUCGGCAAAACGAACCGGCGAUUCCGAUUCCAUUUCAUCGACGCAACUCAAGUUUCCAUCGCUCAGAGUUUCAAAUCCACUUCUCGCCCGAUCUGUCGUCGCGGUACUCGGAUUAGGGUUCGUCGAUGCAGGGUACAGUGGAGAUUGGUCUAGAAUUGGAGCCAUAACCAAGGAGACUGAAGAUUUUUUGAAGAUUGGAGCAUUCUUGGUGGUUCCGUUCUGCGUAUUUCUGAUUUUUUCUUUCUCCGAACAGACGGAUUCUUCGUGAGUGUACGGACGAUGCAUCGUGUAGGUUUUAUGCAUUUUCAAUAAAGUUUAAAUUAUUGUUAGUUUA